GAAAAAACCCAACCAACCAACAACUUGCAUUUAAUGUCUGCUUCUGGGUGUACGCAUUUUGUUGCUCUGUCAUUCUCAUUUGUGAAAUGAGACGUAAUUACCACAUUACAUUUGACUGAGUGACUAGGAAAGAUCCAUUAACUUUCUGCAUAAAAUGAUACUUCAUGCAAGUCUCAUUUUCCUGGUAGGAAAUAGGUUUAGAAAGACUGGGAGAGAUGAGUAGCUGUCUGUAACUUGGUCUGAAGCUUUCGUUAGAGAGUAUUUGUCCUUAAGCUGUCUCACAAUAUACAUAUAUAUAGGCAGCAGACCAGGAUGUCAGCCUUGUUUGGGGAGUUCAUUGGCUCUUGCAUAGAAUGAAUGCCAGUUUUCACAUGUUGCAUGUUGUCUCUGUAAAAGGAAUACAACCUUGGUGUGGAUGUUGAAAAAAAAACCAAAAUAAAACACAGGAUUAUUUCUGUGGCUAUCCAGGUCAGGUGCAGUGGACUAAGGUCAAAGGCAUGGCUAGGCCAGUACCAUGACUGGAGAUAACUGGAAUGCAGGGCUUAUAUCCAAGUGGAAAAUACAUUUAUAGGGUAGGAGGUAACUAUUUCCCUUAUUUGGCAUAUGUAAUUAUUUUACAUUUGUUUCUUGGUUGGUAGAGUGGAUCAGGGCCUCUCUGAAAUGGUCAGAAUUUGUGAUACACUGGAGGAGCUAACAAACUCAGAGUUACAAAAGCCCAAUUAUCACCUCUUUCAGCUCUGAUUUCCAUUUUAAGCCCAAAUGCAAUUAGCAUUUUGAGAGAUUUGUUCUUGUAGUAUAGUGCAUAGCUAUUUUGAUAGCUAUUGAUCUGAAGGUGUUUCUGAUUCUGCCCUUCAUGGAUUGUGUCAAAUCAAGCUUUAAUACAGCAGCUGCCAGGCUAGACUGUAAUCUAUUUUUAAUGUUAAGUAUUUUUCAUGCAAAUUCACUUAAAAUUUCCAGGGUUUAAUCCCCUAUGUUAUGCUCUUAAAAUUUAUUUCUCCCCCUAAUCUUUAUUUUAAUGUGAAAACAUUUUUACUUUGUCUAAAGCAAGAUGCAUGUACACCUUUUCCUCUCAGAUGAGGUUGGGAAGCAAGUGAGAUAGUUUGGUGUUAUCUAGAUACAAUUUCAUUAUUUAGAAGCAUGUAUUUUGAAUGAAAUAUGGACAUGUAUUCCUAUCUUGCACAUUAGCAACAUCAGGACUGGCUAAUUUUUGUAGUGAGAAAGCUGUUCUGAGAUCUUUAUUACAGAGAUAGAUUAAUUUCCAUCUCCCUCCAUGCAUCUGUUCCAUGCUGUGUUUAGGGAACUAUUGGCAUAGAGAGGAAUUACAGAAAAAGUGUAGACUAGAUUAAGGGUUUUGUAAAAAGUUGGAACUUGUUGUAUAUUGUUUUCCCUUUUAUGUUAUUAUAAAGUAUUUUUGUAUUGGAUGUACUUUUAAUUUUUAUUGAAUAAUUGAAGAGAGCUGAUAAUACUAUUCCAGCAUGCUGUUAACUGUGAAAUCAAGUGGUAUUUGUUUCCAGAAGCUGGUAAAUUGUGGCCUUGUUGUAGGUUCUAUUAGGCAAGACUAUCUCUGACCUGCAGGCCAGCUUUGGAUACGUCUUUAAGAUCUAUAGUUCAUCCACUGAUGUUUUUCCAUUUGCAGUGAUGGAGAGGGCUCUUAGUCGGUAAAAUCACUCUCAAGCACAGAAGUUGCAUAAACUGAAGCAGCAUGUUGGAUGCAGGCCCAAGAAAAGGAAUAAAAUCCUUGUUAUUACUGGCCUGUUUUGAUAAGCAUUCACAUCUCCUUAUGAACUUAACCUUUAAACCAGGUCCCUGCUGAGAUGGAAUAUGAUACGUCCAACAAUUGUUGCAAAAAAUAGUGGAGUGUUGCUGGUAAGAAAUAACAUCUUGACAAGAAAUACAAGUCAAGGAGCCUGAUGAAGGAGGCAUCAAAACUCAGAAAAUAGCAGAAAGUUCCUGAAGUGUGUACAUCGGAGCACAGUAAGACUGAAAGGAGCUGGUGCCUGAGCUGGGAGAAGAUAAAGAAGGAUCAUUUGGCAAAAGCGACCAGCAAGAAGCUAGAGACUGAACCAGGGAGACCCUCCACUGAUCCAUAUAGUUUUCUUCCUGAGUCUCUGCUUUGGAAAUGGUGGAGUUAAUUGUAAUGUUGAAUGAGGUGCUCUGCUCAGCGAAGCUCCAGGAGCACCAGCUAAGGACUUGGCUUAUUGUGAACUUCACGUGAUUCUAAAAAUCAUCAGACACAUAGCACACUUUUGCAGACAGAUGAAGUGGAGAAGCAAACUCUGAGGACUUUUCAGUUCUGGCACCUUAGAGGAGGAAUAUCCAACACCAAAUUCCUAUAGAUCAGAGGCUGUUUACUGAGACUGGACUAUUUUGCAGAAGACAGGAUUUUUUUUGCAAUAUUCGUGACACUCAUCUCCCAAGAAUCACAUGCUCCUAUUUUCAUCUAGCACUGCUGUAACUGACUGCCUGCUCAUCAUGUCUUCCAUUCUUGGUAAGAUGAAGAAAUUUGGCAGUUACGACAUGGAGGAAUCUGAAGUGACAGAUGAACACACGGAUGGGGAGGACUCCAUGCUGGAAAUGCCUGACAGCCUCCAGGGUACAUUCAGCACCAAGGUGCAACCACCUAAAAGCAACAUCUUUGCAAGACGUGGGCGGUUUGUGAUGGGGGAUAGUGACAAGGACAUGGCUCCCAUGGACUCCUUUUACCAGAUGGAUCAUCUGAUGGCACCUUCUGUCAUCAAAUUUCAUGCCAAUUUGGAGAGGGGGAAACUUCACAAGCUCCUAUCUACAGAUUCCAUCACAGGCUGCUCAGAAAAAGCUUUCAAAUUUUAUGACCGCAGAAGGAUCUUUGAUGCUGUAGCCCAAGGCAACACAAGGGACCUGGAUGAUCUGCUACUCUACCUUAAUAGAACCUUGAAGCAUCUCACAGAUGAUGAGUUCAAAGAGCCAGAAACUGGGAAAACCUGCUUGCUGAAAGCUAUGCUGAAUCUACAUGAUGGGAAAAAUGAUACCAUUCCUUUGCUUCUGGAUAUUGCAAGAAAAACUGGAACUCUGAAAGAGUUUGUUAAUGCAGAGUAUACUGACAACUAUUACAAGGGCCAGACUGCACUUCACAUCGCCAUUGAGAGAAGGAACAUGUACCUAGUGAAGCUCUUGGUCCAGAACGGAGCAGAUGUUCACGCAAGGGCCUGUGGGGAGUUCUUCAGGAAAAUCAAAGGGAAACCCGGCUUUUAUUUUGGGGAGCUGCCUUUGUCCCUGGCUGCCUGCACCAACCAGCUCUGCAUUGUGAAAUUCCUCCUGGAGAACCCCUACCAGGCAGCCAACAUCGCUGCUGAGGACUCCAUGGGCAACAUGGUCCUGCACACACUGGUGGAGAUUGCAGAUAAUACUAAGGAUAAUACCAAAUUUGUUACCAAGAUGUACAAUAACAUAUUGAUCCUUGGUGCCAAAAUUAAUCCAAUUCUGAAGCUAGAAGAACUCACCAACAAGAAAGGGCUGACUCCAUUAACUCUAGCAGCCAAAACAGGGAAGAUAGGGAUUUUCGCUUACAUCCUCAGACGAGAGAUCAAAGAUCCUGAGUGCAGACACUUGUCUAGGAAGUUCACUGAAUGGGCUUAUGGACCUGUCCACUCAUCUCUUUAUGACCUGUCUUGUAUAGACACAUGCGAGAAAAAUUCAGUGCUUGAGAUUAUUGCCUACAGUAGUGAAACGCCAAACCGUCAUGAGAUGCUGCUGGUGGAGCCCCUUAACAGGCUGCUGCAAGACAAGUGGGACCGGUUUGUCAAACACUUAUUUUACUUUAACUUCUUUGUCUAUACCAUGCAUAUCAUCAUCCUCACUGCAGCUGCUUACUACAGACCUGUAGACAAGAAGGAAAAGCCUCCCUUCACGUUUGGUCACAGCACUGGGGAGUAUUUUCGAGUGACUGGAGAGAUCCUGAGUGUACUGGGAGGUCUCUAUUUUUUUUUCAGAGGGAUACAGUAUUUCGUGCAGAGGCGCCCAUCAUUCAAGACGCUGAUAGUUGACAGCUACAGUGAGGUUCUUUUCUUUGUUCACUCCUUGCUCCUCCUGAGCUCUGUGGUGCUGUACUUCUGUGGCCAGGAACUGUACGUGGCUUCCAUGGUCUUCUCCUUGGCGCUGGGCUGGGCUAACAUGCUGUACUACACCCGUGGCUUCCAGCAGAUGGGCAUUUACUCUGUCAUGAUUGCCAAGAUGAUCCUUAGAGAUUUAUGUCGCUUCAUGUUUGUCUAUCUAGUAUUCCUCUUGGGAUUUUCUACAGCUGUGGUGACUUUAAUUGAAGAUGACAAUGAGGGGCAAGACACAAAUAGUUCUGAAUAUGCCCGAUACUGCCAUAUGAAACGAGGCCGCACAUCCUACAAUAGUCUGUAUUAUACCUGCUUGGAACUUUUCAAGUUUACUAUUGGGAUGGGGGACCUGGAGUUCACAGAGAACUACAGGUUCAAGUCUGUGUUUGUAAUCCUUUUGGUUCUCUAUGUUAUCCUUACAUACAUCCUCCUGCUCAACAUGCUUAUUGCACUGAUGGGGGAAACUGUGAGCAAAAUUGCACAGGAGAGCAAGAGCAUCUGGAAACUCCAGAGAGCCAUCACAAUCUUGGAUAUUGAAAACAGCUACUUGAACUGUGUGAGGCGCUCAUUCCGGUCUGGGAAGCAAGUCUUGGUGGGAGUCACACCUGACGGCCAAGAUGAUUACAGAUGGUGCUUUAGGGUUGAUGAAGUGAACUGGUCCACAUGGAAUACCAAUCUGGGCAUAAUCAACGAAGACCCUGGGUACUCUGGGGACCUCAAACGAAAUCCCAGUUACUCUAUCAAGCCUGGCAGAGUUUCAGGGAAAAACUGGAAAACAUUGGUUCCGCUUUUAAGAGAUGGAAGCAGGAGAGAAGAGACUCAAAAACUACCAGAAGAAGUUAAAUUAAAACCUAUUUUGGAACCUUAUUAUGAGCCAGAAGAUGCUGAGACGUUGAAGGAGUCAAUUCCAAAACAUUAUUUUUGUGAGCAGCUACAGGCCCUGAUUUUGUGGCUUUGCACCCUCAGAAACUAACCAACCAAACUAUUAUGAGAACGGAGGACUCACAAAAGAGCAGUAAAAGUCACCAAGAGCCCAGAGGUAUGUUCCUGUGAGGAAAGUUUCUUGGAAAGCAGAUAAAUAAAUAGGGACACAGAGAAAGAAUACAAAAUAGUGAAUGAUCUAGAGAUGUUGUUAUUCUUUUCUCGUAACACAAGAACAAAUAUACUCUGUGAAAUUUUAAAGGUUGAAUAGUCAAAAUCAAUGAAAUAAAUGUUUCUUUUACACUGUCUGAAUAAACUCCAGAAUUCAGUUAUAGUUACUAAGGCUAAAGGCUUAACAUGAUCCCAAAUUUGACAUUUAUUUAGAUAACAGAUGAACUUUGCACAAAGUAAGAGAUAGUGGUUAUAGAGACUAUAUGUUUCAAAGGUCAGGUGUAUAAUAAUGUGUAACAAUAAUAAUCUUGAAAUCAGAAAGUUUUUGUUCUUGACUUUGACAGCAACAACAGGAGGAAAGAAAUCUGGUGCUGCAAGUCCAUCUGGCUGGAUUUACAAAGAAUCAGGAAAUAUAUCUGAGAGAAAGUAGGCAGAUAUUCCAAAACUACAGAUAGGAAUUAUGGAAAGAGAGGGAAGAAUAGGAGCAGCUUUGGCAUCCUCUUGAAAAGUGGCUGGACAGAAAGGAGCUAAGGAUAAGAAAAUCUGUCUUAUAGACAGCUGGCCUGAAAUUUCAGUGCUGGACCUGU